AUGUUUUCUAAAUCAAAGUCGGACACUUCUCAGUACACGCCGCUCUCCCGACCAGGCGGUGGCGAGGGUUCUAGCUCUAGCACAUCUCUUGAGAAGCGCUCAUCUUCCGAGGAUGAUGACGACCACCCCCUGUUGGAAGCCUCUGAGAAUCUUCCAGGUCUCCAGGCAGCCAAACACUGGCAGCUUCCCAAGCUCAUCCUCUACUUUUCCUUGGCUUUAGCCUUGCUAUCAUGCGCCAACAUCGCUCUGCUUCCUGCGACGCUGUCGAACUACGCAGCUUACCCUUAUACAGACUCUGAACUCAAUGCCCUUCCCUACGGUGACGCCAGACUAGGACUUGACAGAGCAGCCAAGAUUCUUCGCCCUCCCAGAGAGUAUCUUCGCGCCUGGCCGGACAGAGUGGUGCGAGUGAGCCGCAAGUUGAAGAAUUCAGUGUGGGGAAAUGGGCCGCAGGUCUAUGUGACUGUCGAGGACUCAACUAUCAUGCGCUUCCCGGUUCCUACCGCUGGUAUCAACGCUUGCGCAAUCAACUGGCUCGCGCCUCCGGAAAAUUCCACGCGCAUCAAGGACCUGACUACCAAGGGAGACGUUUCCGAAAUUGAAGUCUGGCAGCUUAUUGCGCCCUCAGCCACUUCGAAGCCAGGCUCUUCCACAAACAUGGACGAGCUCGACUACGACACCGUGUCGUACUCGGCUCUCCCUGUGCGCGGCGAGCUGCUCGGCGUGCUGGAUCUCACCGUGAAACCGAAUAGCACGACGGUGGAGUUUGCCUGCCCUAGCGGGGCAGAAAAUCUCGUGGUAGAGUUGAAGUGCCAGCGCGUGGCGUGUCAUGUCAGCUUCAUGCAUCUGGAUACCAUGCUGCCGCGAUUUGGGUUUGAGUUGACAUUCGACAAUAGGAUUAGCCGUGGCUGGUGGUGGGCAGCAUGUCUUGUUCCCGAAUCCUUGGAGGGAACUCACUCAUCUUACACGCUCAACAACAUGUCCACUCAACUUGACGCUGCUUCCAUUGCUCGUGUUUCCUUGCACGACCCCAAGCACUUCGAUGUCCAGCUCAUCCAAACCGCUCACCGCCUGGCUCUCCUACGGCACUGGGAUAUUCCAGCAAGCUCCAAAAUUUUAGAACUAGGAUGCGGUCAGGGAGAUUGCACAACCGCUCUCGCCACUGUUGUGGGUGAGCAAGGCACGGUGGUUGCCGUUGACCCGGCCUCGCUGGACUAUGGUGCCCCGUACACUCUCAAGCAAGCACAGGAUCACAUCUCACAAGGCCCGCUUGGCAAUCGUAUCAACUGGGUUCAACAAAGCCCUCAGGACUAUCUCUCUUCCCUCACUUCAUCCAGCGACGCCAAGCCCUUUGACGCAACAGUCCUUGCCCACUGCCUAUGGUACUUCUCCUCCCCGUCUCUCAUUCUGGAAACCUUCCGUGCCAUCAGACAGCACAGCAAGCGUCUUCUCCUUUCCGAAUGGUCCCUGGAAGCAACGAACGCUGCUGCCCGGCCACACGUUUUAGCCGCCCUCACUCAAGCAGCGCUAGAGUGCCGCAAAGGCGAAGAGAGCAUCUCCAACGUCCGCACGGUUCUAGGGCCAAAGCGUCUCACAGAACUCGCUGUCGCGGCCGGCUGGAAACUGGAAAAGGAGAGCCGCGUGCAGUGCGGCGAAGGUCUUCAGGACGGACAGUGGGAGGUUUCUGCCUGUCUUGGAUCCGGUUUUGCGCGUGAGGUAGAGGAGCGUGUCAAGGAUGAGCGGGAGCGCGCCGUGGUCUUUGCGUUACGUGAUGCUUGCGAGGCGAGUUUGGACGGUGUGCCGGGGGGUAAGAAGGGAGUUGCUGCCAUGGAUGUUUGGGUCGCGAGCUUCGUCUGA